AGCUGACCCUGCACUGCAGAGGUGAUGAUGGGGAGUGGAACGGGCACAGGAUUCAAAGCCCGGAGGCCCAGAUUCCAGGCCUGAGUCAUUGACAGCCGUGACCUUGAGCCAAGCAGAUCUUGAGCUCCUGGGCCCUCCUUGAGCAGGAACACGGUUCUGAACCUCCCUGGGGGGAUGUCUUGUAACUCGUCGUGGGCUGUUCCCCUGACAUCGAAUGCUCUUCUACCCUCAGCUUAGUGGACUCCUACUCAUGCGUCAAGUCCCAAAUCAAAUGUCCCUUUUUCUGUAAGAGUUUCCCCGACCUCUGCAUCGGGUGCAGAUCCUGAGCCUUGCCGGUCUGUGUUGGAGCUGCAUAGGUGCUUCCCGAUUGUCACUUGCCUGUGAGUUCUCGGAGCAGGGAUCAGAUCAAGCCCAGUUCUGCCACCAGAGAUAGGUCGUUGUCUGUGCAACAGCAAGCAGAAGAGGGCGUCCCUGACUGAGCUGGGAGCUGCAGAGUUGAGUCGGGGGGCCACAUGGCUCGUUGUGGCUGUCCUGUGUGCCUGAGCUGUGCCUGGCUGGCUGGGGACACUUUCCUGGCUGACACCUGGUAGGAGAGAGGACGACUUGUGCCUGGGUGUGCAUGUCUCAGGGUUAGGUCAGGAGCAGCUGCUCAUGGGAUGUUUUGGGGGAUACCCUGGGUCAUCUGAGAGUGGGUGGAGACCGGGUUCACACUGUUGGGAGGUCCUCUUGGGACCUACGGGAUUUUGUUGAGAAACCUGUGGGUCAGGGGAAAGGAAGGACCAACUGCCUGUUUCCCAGCUCAAAGCUCCACACGGGCUGGGCAGUCUCAGGCAAAUGGAGCCCUCGAUCUAUCUACACUGACCCUGUAGAUCCACCCUGACCCAGACCAGAGCCAGCUAGUCAAGCGCGCCCUCUGGUGGCCACCACAGGGGAGGCAGGAGCCUAUCUGCACAAAAGCAGGAUUUUCAUUUAUGGUUCCUUCAAUACAACGCGAGCAUCCUUGUGCCGGCAUGGUGCCAGGUACAUCUUAACUUUAAUUAAAAAUAUGUCCAUUAAUCAUCUGCUAAAUGAAAAUGUGUCUCCUGGGUUCUAAUAUGUGCUGGAAGGGCAGAGGGAGUACAGACAGGAAAGUAAUUCUUUACAACAGAGACAGCCCAGGCUGUGUACAUCUGGGUCACUUGGGGAACUUGGGAAUGGACCACCCCCUGGACCCCAUCCGGAUCUCCUGAAUCCAAAUGCAUAAGGAUGGGGCACAAGAAUUGGCGAUUUAUAAGUGCCUCCCUGCUCCCUCCCCCAACCCGAAUAAGUGCACGGACAGCCAGGCAUGAGAACCUGGCUGGAGAGUUGAUUACCAUGUUUGCCAUCUCAGCUGGCUGCCAGGUUAGGCAUUGCCACCCCAUUUUGCAGAUGAGAAGAUUGAGGCCAGGUGAAUGUGUUCCUUUCCCUGUUUCAAUGGGGGCAGUGGCAAGGCAGCUAACACUCCUCUGAUGUGGGAAGAGACAGACUAUCUCCUACCGACAGCUUUAUUGUUUGCUAUGAAUAGAAAAGUAGACAAGGUCACUGUGAAAUAGCACCCUUUUUUUUCAGGAAGAGAAUUAUAAGGGUAAAGUUGGUAUAUACAAAAAUCACCUGUAAUCUUAGCAUGGUUAACUCUUAGUAUGGCAGGGCUGGGAGCAGAGAAGGAGAGAGGAAAAGAAGGAGGGGAUGUAGGAGGAGGGAGAAGAGGGAUUUGUUUUGUAGCUCAGGGUCACAGUGCAAACCAGGGCCACUCCCAUCACAACCCUCUGCAGUGCUUGAUAAAAAUGCAACAUCCCCAAGACCACAGCUCAGGCUCCAGGGAAAAGAUCUGAGAAGCUGCGCACCGAACCAACAUUCCGGGAAAUUCUCAGUGACGCUAAAGACCGAGAACCAUCGCUGCCCGGAGUUCUGCUCUUUGUGCUUUAUGGUGUGCGUGAGUGUGUCAGGAGACACUCCAGGCACUGAUGCAUGAGCACCGGAAUGUAUGGCGUCAGCCGCUCAGAUUCUAACCAGCUGCCCGUGGGGAUCUGGGCACAGGCUCCCACAUCGCACCAGCUGGCUGGGAGCCGGCAGCAUACAUCCCAAAGCUGCUAUGUCAUCUCCCACCAGGCUGCCCCCGCACCCAGCUCCCUGCCCCCUUCUCCUUCCACAGCUCUGAAGCAACCCACAAAGAGGUCCUACCAACCAAUCACAGCCAGAGUAACCCAUGAUGUCACUAGUAGCCAAUCAGAGCUCCUCACCAGUAGACGCAGAUUUCUGUCCCUCUUCACGGAGGCCAUGAAAUUCCAAAGCAUCUGCAUCCUUCUCAGACAGGGACACAGAGAGAGGGGAGCAGAAGCUCCGUGGGGUUCACCGCAGAGCCGGGACAGAAGCCAGGACCCCCGACCUAGCUCAGCGUUCUUGCCACGGCCCAUGAGACUGCUGAGAGCCCAGUUAGGGGCUCCCCUUCCUGGGGUUGCUCCCGGCAUGAGGCUCAGGCCCUCCAGCCCCCUGCCAGCUCCCCUCGCUAGACCUCAGAGGUCAGGACCCAUGCGAGGCAGCUCCGGAUCCCAGUCCUGGUCUCAGCCUAGUGCUCCCCAGGAAGGAAUUAGAGGGACCCUGGCCAGGCUGUGUGGGCAGCGCCUCAUGAGCAGAGUAUACGGUGGGCCAAGACAAGGGCUCUUUUGUGGACGCGCUGGCUUAGGGAGUUAACUGACUGCUCAGCACGCCUGCUUCACAGGCAGGGCCAGCCCCCGAGUAUGGGCAGGGGCACCACCUCCUGGGUCCCAGACCUGUUGAUCUACCAGCCCGAUAGCCAGACCUUUUGGGAAAUGACCUGGCCAGCUGGAGCCCUACCUCCUGUUGCCUGGCCAUGACCGUCACCUACUCGAACCGAGUGGCGAACGCCCGCUUAGGCUCCUUCUCCCGCCUGCUGCUGUGCUGGCGAGGCAGCAUCUACAAGCUGCUCUACGGCGAGUUCCUCAUCUUCGUGCUCUGUUACUACAUCGUUCGGCUCAUUUACAGAGUGGUCCUCAAGGAGAACCAGCAGCUGUUCUUUGAGAAGCUGACUCUGUAUUGCGACAGCUACAUCCAACUCAUCCCCAUAUCCUUCGUACUGGGCUUCUACGUGACCCUGGUGGUGACCCGCUGGUGGAACCAGUACGAGAACCUGCCGUGGCCGGACCGUCUCAUGAGCCUGGUGUCCAGCUGCGUGGAGGGCAGGGACGAGCAGGGCCGGCUGCUGCGGCGCACGCUCAUCCGCUACGCCAACCUGGGCAUCUUGCUCAUCCUGCGCAGCGUCAGCCGCGCGGUCUACAAGCGCUUUCCCACCUCCCAACACCUGGUGCAAGCAGGUUUUAUGACCCCUGCGGAACACAAGCAUCUGGAGAAACUGACCUUACCACACAACAUGUUCUGGGUGCCCUGGGUGUGGUUUGCCAACCUGGCGUUUAAGAUCUGGGUGGAAGGUCGAAUCCGGGACCCUGUCCUGCUCCAGGGCCUGCUGAAUGAGAUGGGCACUUUGCGUACUCAGUGUGGACACCUCUAUGCCUACGACUGGAUCAGUAUCCCGCUGGUGUACACCCAGGUGGUGACCGUAGCCGUGUACAGCUUCUUCCUGGCUUGCCUGCUUGGACGGCAAUUCCUGAACCCAAUCAAGGGCUACCCCGGCCAUGAGCUGGACUUCAUUGUGCCUGUCUUCACGUUCCUGCAGUUCUUCUUUUAUGUCGGCUGGCUGAAGGCAGGAAGCGCAUCCUGGGAGCAUGGAGCGGGCAGAUCCGAGGGAGCGGCAGGACUGGAGGACGUCUACCUGAGGGUUUGCAGAGCCUCACGUAUCCCCCAGGUGGCAGAGCAGCUCAUCAACCCUUUUGGUGAGGAUGAUGAUGACUUUGAGGUCAACUGGAUAAUUGACAGGAACUUGCAGGUGUCCCUGCUGUCUGUGGACAACAUGCACCAGGACCUGCCUCCACUGGAGCAGGACAUAUACUGGAAUGACCCGGAACCACAGCCCCCCUACACGGUGGCUGCCUCCCAGACUCGGCGAGCCUCGUAUAUGGGCUCUGCUUUCGACAUCAGUCUGCAGGAGGAAGAGAUGAAAUUUCAGCCAAAUCUGGCGGAAAACAUGCACACUGGCAUCAUUGGCCGCUUCCUAGGGCAGCAGUCCCACAACCACCUUCCGCCCAGGACAGCCCCCGACACCACCAAACCGCUGUGGCCCAGGAAGGAGUCCUGUGUCUAUGAGGCCCAGCCCAAGAACACCAAACAGAACUCCAAACACUGGGAAGACAGCAAGUCCUGGAAGCCUCUGUUGGUGCAGGCCUUCAAGACGGUUCCAUUGUUCGCUGCAGACCCCAGCGCUCCUCAGACAGCUCCCAGCAGCACGCCCACGGUCUUCCCCCAAGAACAGUCCGAUCCCUCACAGCCCUACGGGGUCCCAGGCACGGAUGCUGAAUACCAAAGCCUAAAGUCCUUGAGUUCUGGGACCAAGAGCAGUUUGGAGUUGGCCUUGGUGAGCACGGCGAGUACGGAGGCCUCGACAGAGUACCCAGCAGGUCACGUGAGGAGGAAAACUGUGGAGUUUAACCUGGUCAACAUACAAGAUGUCCCCGAAGGCCAUCCAAGAGAACCCCAUGUGGAACGUUCAAGGGGCAACAUACAAUCUAUCCUCAAAGAUCAUGGGAAUCCUUAUUCUAGCUUGGAAAACAGGUGUGUCCUCCACCUAAAGCAGCCACUGCCUUCCCCUGGGCAUGGCCCUCCUCCCCAGCCCUCACCGCUUUCUCCUGUUCCAGCAUGCUGGGCCUAUGCCAGCACCAGCUUAGGGUAUAUACCUACCCGCCUACCUCAGCGGGAGGGAACCCUACUAGCCAAGUGGUAGGGAGCUGACAUCACCAGGAAAAAUUCCCUGGGAGUGAGGUGAAGGAAGACUGCACCAACACUGAUGCUGGAAGGGCUGGCCGACAGGUCUAGACGGGCAGGUGUGGCUGACACGAAACUCCAGUGCACAACUGGGGGUGCUCUGGGUUGUAGCCAAGGAUUUGACUUGCUGCAUGGGUUUAGAUGGCAAAGGCUGCAAAGCACUGCGGGUGGCCAGCACUGGCAACUGGCAGAUGGUAGGGGUGAGUGGAAGCAUCCAGUGCCCCUGAGCUAUCUUCUGUUUUGUGGGCUUCCCCAAAACUUCUCAGCAGGUUUCAGAUCCCCUGGAGACUUUCAUUCAACCCACAUUUGUGUGGGGAGGAAGUGUAACUUCCUGUUUCUUGACUGACAAGCAGUUGUUUGGUGGUCAGAACACAUAGCCGCUAUCAUGAUUGGAAAAACUUAAAAAGGGCACCAAUUUUAGGCUUGCUCCUAGGGCUAGACAGGAAAUUCUCUAAAUGACCUGGGGUGUCAGUCAGGGAAUGUUAAGAAUUCUAAGAUGUUUCAACCUUAGCUUAGCCCUCCUACCACGAAACUAGUACUGAAAUGAAGGGGGUGCCGACAGGCACGCUGUUAACUGUCUCAAAUUACCCACAGGGAUGAAGCACAUUCCUGACCUGUUUCCUAGGGGAGACUCUUCUCCCGCCUGGUCCUCACCCGCGUGUCCACUAGGAGGACACUGAUGAGUUACAGCCACACAGCAGUCCGUGCUGAAGACCACAUUCCUAUGAUGGCCUGGAUUACUAACGGUUAGCUGAACGGUUAACAAAAGGAAGCAGUCCUGGACUACUUCAGUCUUUCUGCCCUGCACACUGUGGAAGUGAGAAUGAAUCUUUGGAAACACACAAUUCAGAACAGAACCCGAAUCCCAAGUCUUUACUCUUACCUGAAUUGAUCAUACCUGUACCUUAGUAUCUUUCCCAAACUAAAGAGUUUAAUAUAAUAAAAACAAAUAUUCUCCUAGGUGUCUCAUUUUGAUUGGUGUUGACUGUUCCUGACAUUUAAUGGAUGUGGAAGACAGCCUAAAGAGACUACAGGCCCAUCCCGUGAUCUCCAAGACAGCUGGGUACCAAAUUUCUUUAUUUGAAGGAAUGGUACAAAUUAAAGUAUGCAGGUGGAUGUUUGGUACAAUGUCUAGAAAAGGUAAAGGCAGCCCCGACAUGCAGGCACUGCUGUGGUGCACAGCCAGGAAGCGAGCCUAAGGCUUAGCUCUCGUUAUCACUGUGUCCCAGGGUGUGCUUGUCAAAGAGAUACUCUGCCAUGCCAGAUUCGGGGGCUCCCAUCUUGCGCAAGUUGGUUACGUGGUCACCCAGUUCUUUGAUGGACUUCACCUGCUCAUUCAGGUAAUGCGUCUCAAUGAAGUCACACAACUGGAAAACAGGGCAGGGAAGAACGGUAACUGGUCAGCUUUCCAACCCUCAGGCAAGUAACUUCCUCCACGUGUUCCCUGGGUUGCCCAUACUCACGUGGGGGUCAUUUUUGUCCGUGGCCAGUUUGUGCAGUUCCAGCAGUGACUGAUUCACACUUUUUUCCAGGUGCAGUGCGCACUCCAUUGCAUUCAGUCCACUUUCCCAGUCGUCAUACUCUGGUUUCUGAAUGGGAGGAGACAGGUCAGUGCAUCUGCCAGUUAACCCAACUCAGGGCAGCAGGCACCUACCACAACCACCACGCUUUGGUCAAGGGGACAUCCAAGUUUCCCCUGACAACGGCUUCCAAUUUCCGGUCCUUGACCGUUACUGUUUUUCUACCUGAGUCUAGAUGGCAGGCCCAAGAAGACACAAAGGGCAUAAGCCCGCUGCGUCGCCGUUUGAUAAAUGAGGGCAGGUGCUACUGUCCAAGUGAUUUCUGACACUCGGACGCUGCUGGUCACAAAGCACCCCAAGAGCUGUUCACCUUGAUGUCCUGAAGGAAGAUCCGGCCCCCUCGCUGGUUCUGCAGCUUCAUCAGUUUCUCAGCGUGUUCCCUCUCCUCGUGAGACUGGUGGAGGAAGUAUUUGGCAAAGUUCUUCAAAGCCACAUCAUCACGGUCAAAGUAGUAAGACUGAAAGAAGAACAUGGACACAGUCCGUCAGGGAUUCCCCAGGGAAGGAAGCUGCCGAUGGCCACGGGCAGUACACCAUGGAAUUGCCUUGGGCACAGAGUGUCUUUUUUAAAGAUUUAUUUACUUGAAAGGCAGAGUUAGAGGGAGGGAGCGCUGAGAGAGAUCUUUCAUCUGCUGUUUCAGUUCCCAAAUGGCUGCAACGGCCGGGGCCGGAUCGGGCAGCAGCCAGGUGCCAGGAACUCCAUUAGGGUUUCCCAUGGGGGUGGCAAGGGCCCACUGCUUUCCCAGGCACAGUGGCGUGGAGCUGGACUGGAAGUCAAGCAGCUGGGCCUGGAGCCGGCGCUCAUACGGGAUGCCGCGUCGGCUGUGCCACAACACCGGCCCCAAGCAGUGUCUUAAGCAUCUGUAUUAACACAGUGCCAUGUUUGGGGCGGGUGGCAGAGUAUGUACCUGGCACUUCUGUCCCCUCUUCCCUUCCUCCCUGAUCAACCAUGCUACAACCUGCCAACUGUACAGCGGGCUGCCGAUUUAAAUAUUAACACCAAGAUGACAACUGUGGGCAAUAUAUUGGCAUACACAUAUUAUCAGCAGAAAGGAAAAAAAAAUCAGAUUUUUCAGCUUUGGACACUUGCUGUGUUUGAGUGAUGCUGAAAGGGAACGGGCAGUCACAGAAACCCAGGGUCCAUCCAUUUUCAGCUCUGCUUGGAACCUGCCUCUUCUUGGACAAUUCGCACAACCACAAGGCAACUCUAGACCCGACUGCCCCCCACCCCACGGAAACCCAGUCUCACUAAUGCAUGGGAGGAUUCCUUCCCCGGGAACCAACUUGAACCAAGUACUCUGGGGUUCUCUUCCAAAGAAAGGACAGAAGAUAAAGCACUCCAAGGCGCAGGGACUGCAGGAAGGGAGAUCUCUGGAGAUAUGGUUCAAUGCAAGUGGGACUUGGAGAUAAGCAGAGAGGUGGAGACGGUUGCUCAGAGAGGGGUCGGCCCCCAGAGAUAAGCCACUGUGCACCAGCCCCCAAGGCUGUCAUGAGACACCACUACCCAGAGGGCCCUGCGGCACCCAGGGGGAUCGCAGCUGGAUCCUGCUCCGGGACACGUGAUCGGGGGCAGGGGCCCACCUCCGUGACUGUACAGGCUGCAAAUCUUGCAACCCUGGAGUCUCAGGAUGCCGGGCUCUCUAUACAGAGGUGUCAGGGCCAAGGAGGAGUCCUCCGAGGCGACAGUGCAACGGGCCAACUGCCCGGACUCCUGCGCCAGCGGCAGUCCGGGGCGAGGCGAGCAGCCUCCAUUUUCCACACGGGCGCACGGAGGCGGCGGUGGGGAGCCCGCCCCCGGCCCCGCCCUGUCCCCGGGCCCCUGAGGCCCGCCCGCGCUCACCAUGGACAGGUAGACAUAGGAGGCGUAGAGCUCCAGGUUGAUCUGGCGGUUGAUGGCGGCCUCCGAGUCCUGGUGGUAGUUCUGGCGCACCUGCGAAGAAGACGCGGAC